AUGGGAUUAAUAAUAGAUAAUUUACAAUAUAGUUUAACUGUAUUGAUGACGUUAUAUAAAAUCUACAUCAUAUGGUACAAACAAGAAGUUUUAGCAUCUCUAAUUGAUAUGAUUAAAAACGAUUGGAUAAAAGUAAAAAUGAAAGAAGAGCGAGAUGUUAUGAUAACGUACGCCACUAUCACUCGCAAGAUCGCUAUAUGCGGAGUGUUUAUGAUCAUUUGUUCUUUAUUAAUUGCUUUCGUCUUUCCAUGCUUCGGACUUACAGCCAGACAAGUAACGAACUUAACCGACCCUGGAAAACCCUUGCCGUUGCAAACGUAUUACUUGCACGAUGUUUCCAAAAGUCCGCAGUUCGAGUUAACGUUUCUGGCGCAAGGAAUGGGGUUGAUUACAACAGGUAUUGCUUAUUCUGCAGUCGACAAUUUCCUAGGUCUAUUGGUUAUACAUGUAUGCGGUCAACUGGAAAAUCUACGUUUGCGAUUGGCACAUAUGGAAAACCAUCCGAAUUUCGAUGCUGCUUUGAAAUAUAACGUGCAGGAUCACAUACGUUUAAUUAGGUACCUAAGAUAG